AGAAGUCAACGCUAACCCUUCUCUAAUCGCGCGCUUUUUUCGUAGGUGCUGAAAUACCACUAUUAUUUUUCCCUUGUCCCGCCAACGCGCACGCCAUUUGAGCCCUCCUUCCUCUUUCUCGCUGAGACCCCAUUCGCACAAUCAGCGCUAUUCCGCAGCGUCAAGUUCCCGCGGUGUCUACCGAGUCCGUGGGUUCAAGGCCGUCGAAAGAGGUCUCUUCCGCCUCCUGUGCGCUGCGCUUCGCUAUUUUUUUCCCCGGUUAUUUCCACGUCACUCUAAACAUUAUUUUCCUGUCUCCGUUUCUGUUCACCGAGCAGGCCAACCGGACAGCAGCAUGAGCCGUUUCUCCUCUACUCCGCAGCCGUGGAAGGCACUCGCCAUCGGUGCCCUUCUCGUGUGCUGUGUUCUCGGCUCGCACGUGGCGGCUGCCGCGGACAGCAAUACGUCGGUUCCAUCCGCGGUGGAGCCCGAAACGGCGAAGUUCUUGCAGGCCCUCGUGGCGGGGAUACCAGAGCUGAGGGAGCACAUAACAGGUGACAACUACUGCACCGAUUGGGACUUCUUGGCAUGCGAAGACGACGUUGUGAAAGGGGUGCUACUGGAUUCUUGGAGUCUGAAGCGACCGGCGAGCCUGCCGGAGCUCCCCGAAGACCUCGACGGCAGUAAGGUGACCGUGGAGCGUUUCUUGAUGAAUAGCCACCGCUCUAAUUUGAUCGGGACGCUGCCGUCGACUUGGGGAAAACUGACGAAGAUGCAAAAUUUCCAGCUGAUCGGUAACAACUUGGAAGGCACCCUGCCGGCGGAGUGGAGCGAAAUGACGGGGCUAGCCCAGAUACGCAUGUCCCGUAACAACCUGACGGGCACCCUUCCGGAGCAGUGGAGUAGGCUGAAAGUGUUGACUGUAAUUGUGAGCAGGAACCACCUGACAGGCACCCUGCCCGCGUCGUGGAGCGCGCUGUCGCCGUUG